AUGGCGGCCACUCGCAGCGUGUCGUCUCUUUCCUCAUUCCUCCUCUUCCUUCUCCUGUUCGUGUGCACCGCUCACGCGCAGAUGAGGUCGAACUUCUACUCGUCGACCUGCCCAAACCUGCACAGAAUCGUCCAAAAUGCCAUGCGAACGGCCGUCAGGAACGACCGCCGCUUGCUCGCCUCUAUGAUUCGCCUCUUCUUCCACGACUGCUUCGUCAACGUAAGGGCACGCACAACAGAACGUAUUCCACGUACAUUUGCAAUGCGAUGUACGUGGAAUACGUACAGCCCCCUCAUCGGCGGCGAUGGUGAGGAUAGGCAACACCAGCCCCCUCAUCGGCUCCAACGAGGAGAUCAGGCGGGUCUGUAGUAGGGUUAACUGAGGACGCGGGGGUCAUGGCUUCCUGGUGGAUGGGACAGCGAGAUUGACUCGUUGCUUAAGAAAUGGAUUAACGUGGGUUAGCUCAUUUGAAUAAACUUCCGUAAAGUAUCAAGAGGGAGAGUGAACAGCUUUGAAUUUGUACAGUAUUAUUCAUUUGAUUUGUUGCCAAAUAAACCGAUCACCCCUAAGUUUAUUUAAUGUUAUUUAGCAUACAGAAGUCAACGUAGUUUCCAGAUUUUACAUUUUUUACUUUAUUAAGUACAUGCACGUGCAUGACUUUGGUCAUAUUGACCCAUUAUUAUUAUAAGAAAUGCUUUUCGUUAUAACCUUUAUAAUUUUCGUGUAAUUUUCAUCAUUCUAGGAGAUAGUAGGAUAGAAGUCUUUAUACUGAUGGCAAAAAUUAAGCAAGUUAUUUAUGAGGAAAUAUCUUCCAUGUAAGAUUUAUAGAAACAACGUUUGUGUUUGUUAAAAGAUAGAAGAAUUUGGAAAACCAUAAUUUUUUUUGAUAAAUGUAUAACAUUAGGAAGAGUACAAUUGAGUUAAUUACCAACCAACGAAAGCAUCAAUAAUUAAAUUGAGUUUCAUACAAAAUAUGCAAAGUGAUCAACUAUUUUGGAGCCUCUACCAACAACAAGGAUAAGUUGUCAAUCUGUUUUCUCAAAAAGAUUAUUUUCAUGAUCUGCUGCCAGUAUGAAAAUCAAAUUUUGGUGUAUGAAGUUAAAUAAUUCAGAAAUUCGGACAGAAAUCAUGUGAUGGUAUAUGAUUUAUUUUCCUGAUUGGCAUGACAAACUGAUAAAUUUGAUUAAAUUUAAGAGCCCAGAAGACGGCCUGGAAAUUGAAACGGGGAGGAUUAUUACACAACUGGUGAAGAGAAAAACUCAUCCACUGACGAGAACGCCUUCUCUAAGAGGCCGUUACGUGUUUUCAGCAAGCAGCUCUCUAUGCUUAA